UGGCUCAGGAUGCGUCUCUUCAGUCUACUUGGUCUUCUUGUCGGCACUCUUGCCCUACUGCAAGAUGUUGUGGCUUCUCCUGGCGAGUCGGAAGCCGACGAGCCGGUGGUCCUGGCAUUUGCUCAAUUCCCGGAAACCAACGCUUUUGGUCAGGUCGUGAACGGCGAGCGGAACGCGCUCUUCGUGGCCAUCGAGAGCAAGGAAGCCGAUCGUAAUGUGACGCUCAAGAACAUCGCCGGGUCUCUCCACAACGCGCAAACGGACAGGCUGGUCAAGAAUUUGACGAAGACGGACUACCCUAUCCCCCUCAUCGAGGGUGCUCCUCUCCAGUUGCCCUUUGCGUUCCACAGCGAAUUCAAGCCGGGCGAAUACAAGUUGAACAUCUGGAUUGAGCACGUCGUUGAUGGCAAGACCUACCGUGUCACCGCCUACGACUCCAUCAUCACAGUCGUCGAGCCCGAGUCUUCUAUUUUCGACUUCAAGCUGCUCUUGACUUAUGUCAUCGUUACUGGUCUCCUCGGCGGCCUUGGCUAUUACACCUACCUCACGCUCGCUCCCCAGCCCAAGAAGCGCAAGAUCCCGCAACCCUCUGCCCCUGUUGGCACCGUUACCGCGACCGGCGCGGGCGGCUACCAGGAGGAGUGGAUUCCCGAGCACCACCUCAAGAAGGCGAAGAAGCCUAAGGCUUCCGGUGCUGUGACUAGCGGGGACGAGGCGAGUGGAGUCGAGAGCGGCAAUGAGGGCAGGAGGCGCAAGGCCAAGAAGUAGAUAAUACAGAGUCUGGGCAUGAGUGGGGAUUUCCAUGCUAUCGUACGGGACACGGACGCAAAAGUGGCACUGCACGCGCCGCGGCGUGCCAUAUUUCGGUUGGGUUAUAUCUAAUGUAUAAUGCGGCCCUACUUGCAUUGCAAAACUUCGCAUCAUGCCUUCCUCUCAGGCGAGAUCGCUGUUUGUCAUAACCGUCGGAUGAUGUAUGUGUUGCACGUCCCGCAGGUGGAGGAAUAUGCACGAAGGAGAAUGCGAGAUAUGCCACAUAGCGAUAUAGAUGAGAGGAGGAGCGAGGCUAGCAUUACAUGUGCAUCUAUACGUCGAUGUUCUUGUAACCCUUCACCCUGUUCUCCUUUAACAUAUCCAGAUAGCGCUCCCGAAGGUCCUUACAGCUCUCCAGGUGGUUCACGCCCUCGCUCUGGUAGCAGUGGUCGAGUUGGUCGCGGACGAGCUUCGCCUCCAUAGUGCGAAUCCAGGACUCGCGCAAGAUUUGCUCGCGCUCGGCGAGACGUGCUUUGUAUUCUGACACACGGGCUUCGUCUAUGGGCAUGGCCACGGAAUCAAGGAGCG